AAAGAGAUCCUUCCCAUGGAGUAACAAUCCAUAGUGGGAGACACACCAAGCCAAGAAUCAGCCCAAGGCCCGGAGAUAGACACAAACAUACACACACACUGUGCAGGCUGUGACUCCAAGUCCCCCCUGUGCCCCCAUGCGGAGAGGAGCCCCAAGGGAACCGACGCCAGCUGAGACUGGAAAAACAAGAGCCCUUGCUGACACUAUGGAGGAGGGGACCCUGGAGACAUAUGCCCCCCGGUGCUCCAUGCCGGCCGAGCUCCAUCACCCCUACUCCAAGUUCUCAGACUGGAAGUUCAAGCUGUUCCGGGUCAGGUCCAUGGAGAGGGCCCCGCUGCCCGGGGAGAUGCAGCUCGAGAGAGGGGCCUUGUCUGACGUUGUGGCCUCUGCACCCCUGGGGGAAACUGUGGGGGAUGUGGUGGGUCUCCCAGGGAGUGUGAUGAAGCUUUGCCUGGGGGGUAAGAGCAAGGAGAACAUAGAGGGCCCGGGAAAGAGAGUGGACCUGAAACUCCAGGAGAUGGACACACACAUGAACCACCUCAGGUGUCUGUGCCGUCUCUGUGGCGGGGCCCUGAGGAAAGCCAAAGGUCCAGAGCAUGAAGUCCAGGGGCUUCUGGACGAGGCUAGCAGGAGUGCCCUGCGUAGGAUGGGCUGCAAGGCCACCAGCUGGCCAGAGGUCAUCCUCAAGGUCUUCAAAGUGGACGUGGCGGGGGACAUGGAGGUCGUCCAUCCGCCGUUCUUCUGCCAGCGCUGCUGGACAUUGGCCAUGCGAGGAGGGGGCUUCUGCAGCUUCUCCAGGACCCAUGUCCCAGAGUGGAGACCCCACACCACCCUCUGCCUCCUCUGCCACCCCAAGAAACCCUCACUACAGAGGAGAGGGAGGAAGAGGAGGAAGCCCACUCGUGGAGCCCAACGCCUGGCCAAGAGGUCCAAGUGGGACCUCCAGGAUAACGCUGCUACUGUUGGUGAGAAGAGAGCCUGGAGAACAGUGAUAGAUCCUCACCAGGGACCUGGACUUAGACCCUGGGUGAGAUCCAGCGUCCAGAGAGCUCAGUGGGUGAAGAACAUCACCCUCUGCCAGAAAGAGCACCUUAGUGCCAGACUGCUGUCCGAGGACCUCCCUGUGGACUUCCUGAGCUCAGUUACCUGUCAGGUGUGUGACCACCUGUUGUCUGAGCCCGUCCAGUCCCCCUGCAGACACCUCUUCUGCCGCAGCUGCAUUGCUAAAUACAUCUACUCUCUGGGCCCCCACUGCCCGGCUUGCACCCUGCCCUGCGGCCCUGCCGACCUUACUGCCCCAGCUAAGGGCUUCCUGGGGGUCCUGCACUCCCUGCCGCUGCUUUGCCCCAGAGAGAGCUGUGGGGAGCGGGUACGGCUGGACUCCUUCAGAGCCCACUGCUUGGGCCACCAUCUGGAGGAAGUGGAUGGGGACCACAAGUCAGCAGAAAAUUGCCUGGACAACUUCCUGCCUGUCAACAAAGGGGGAAGGCCCCGACAGCAUCUCUUGUCACUGACGAGGCGUGCCCAGAAGCACCGGCUGAGGGACCUGAAGACCCAGGUGAAAGUGUUUGCAGAGAAGGAAGAAGGUGGAGACACCAAGUCGGUGUGCCUGACCCUGUUCCUGCUAGCCUUGAGGGCGGGAAACGAACACCGGCAGGCAGACGAACUGGAGGCCAUGAUGCAAGGCAGGGGCUUUGGCCUGCAUCCUGCUGUGUGUCUGGCCAUCCGGGUCAACACGUUCCUGAGCUGCAGCCAGUACCACAAGAUGUACCGCACCGUCAAGGCCACCAGUGGGCGCCAGAUCUUCCAGCCCCUGCACACCUUACGCGCUGCAGAGAAGGAGCUCCUCCCAGGCUACCACCCCUUUGAGUGGCAGCCGGCCCUCAAGAGUGUGUCCACAUCCUGCCAUGUGGGGAUCAUUGACGGGCUAUCAGGGUGGGUCGCUUCGGUGGACGACUCCCCAGCAGAUACAGUCACGCGUCGGUUUCGCUACGACGUGGCCCUGGUGUCGGCCCUGAAGGACCUGGAGGAGGACAUCAUGGAGGGGCUGAGAGAGCGAGGCCUGGAGGACAGUGCUUGCACCUCGGGCUUCAGCGUUAUGAUCAAGGAGUCCUGCGAUGGCAUGGGGGACGUCAGUGAGAAGCAUGGCGGCGGGCCGGCCGUCCCGGAAAAAGCUGUGCGUUUCUCCUUCACCAUCAUGUCCGUCUCUAUUCAAGCUGAGGGAGAAGAUGAGGCGAUCACCAUUUUCCGGGAGCCCAAGCCCAACUCGGAGAUGUCCUGCAAGCCGCUCUGCCUGAUGUUUGUGGACGAGUCGGACCACGAGACUCUCACAGGCGUCCUGGGGCCUGUGGUGGCUGAAAGGAACGCUAUGAAGCACAGCCGUCUCAUCCUGUCUGUGGGCGGCCUUUCUCGCUCCUUCCGCUUCCACUUCCGGGGCACGGGCUAUGAUGAGAAGAUGGUGCGAGAAAUGGAGGGUUUGGAGGCCUCUGGCUCCACUUACAUCUGCACGCUAUGUGACUCCACUCGGGCAGAGGCCUCCCAAAACAUGACUCUCCACUCUGUCACCCGCAGCCACGACGAGAACCUGGAGCGCUAUGAACUUUGGAGGACCAAUCCUCAUUCUGAAUCAGCUGAAGAGCUGCGAGACCGAGUCAAAGGCGUCUCUGCCAAGCCCUUCAUGGAGACCCAGCCCACACUGGAUGCCCUGCACUGUGAUAUUGGCAAUGCCACCGAGUUCUACAAGAUCUUUCAGGAUGAGAUAGGGGAGGUCUAUCAUAAGACAAACCCCAGCCGGGAGCAGCGUCGGAGCUGGCGGGCCGCCCUGGACAAGCAGCUGAGAAAGAAGAUGAAGCUGAAGCCUGUAAUGAGGAUGAAUGGGAACUAUGCACGGAAGCUGAUGACCCGGGAGGCAGUGGAGGCAGUGUGUGAGCUGGUGCGCUCAGAGGAGCGUCAGGAAGCCCUGAGGGAGCUGAUGGGGCUCUACAUCCAGAUGAAGCCUGUGUGGCGCUCCACCUGCCCGGCCAAGGAGUGCCCAGACCAGCUCUGCCGGUAUAGCUUCAACUCCCAACGCUUCGCAGAGCUGCUCUCCACCGUCUUCAAGUACAGGUAUGACGGAAAGAUCACCAACUACCUGCACAAGACCUUGGCCCAUGUGCCAGAGAUUGUGGAGAGGGAUGGCUCCAUCGGGGCCUGGGCCAGCGAGGGGAAUGAGUCUGGGAACAAGCUGUUCAGACGGUUCAGGAAGAUGAAUGCCCGUCAGUCCAAGACCUUUGAGCUGGAGGACGUGCUGAAGCACCACUGGCUCUACACAUCCAAGUACCUGCAGAAGUUCAUGGAAGCUCACAAGAACUCUGCCAAAGCUCUGCAGGCCACCAUUGACACUGUGGAGAGUCAGGAGACACAGGAGGAUGCUGACAUGUCACUGGAUGUCCCAGACUUUUGAAAAAUUGUUUUAAUUUGACAUUUCUUUGGAACUUUAUGGAUUACAUGAGGGAUAUGUUUUAGCAGGAGCAUGUCUAAUUCUAAUCUGUCUGUACUGUACUGUUCUGCAGGGGCGGACUUGGACCAAAAAUCAGUCCUGACAUUCCUAGCAUGUUAGCCCAGUGUUUUCCUUGAGGCCCCAAUUAUUAGCCAGAUAAGGAUAAUUGUGUGCAAAAAAAAAGAGAAAAAAGUUAGACAUGUCUACUAGGCUAAAAAUGGACCAGCUAGUAUAGCAUUUCCACGAAAAGCCAGAUGGCCAGUGCGCCCCUGCUGUUCUGUUUCAAACUUAAUAUUUACUCUACAAUAUGAACUAUGUAAGAGGAAGAUACUUUAUUCUGUAAAGACAUUAUUAUUAAUUGUCAUAAUCCAAAAAAGGUGGCACUUUUUUUUAUUUGAUUCAUUAUUUACUCUGAGGACAUUUGAAAAUGCUUUCUACCUUAAAUUUAAUUUCCAUACAUAAUUCCCAAAAGUCGUUGCAUUUUAUAUUGGUAUUUUAUACUACUUCAUUAGUUCAUAAUGAUUUGAUGAUUUGAUAGUUGGUGUUUUAUCUCUGGGUGCCUGUGAAAUGUGGGACAGUUUAUUGUAUUGCAUGGGUUAUGACACAUCCAUGAAUUUAUCCAGUGAGGUUAUUUAUGGGAACAAAUGAAAGCACUGUAAGUCAUGGAAUGGAAAUUGUGAUAAAGGAGCUCACAUUUAUGAUCAGUGUAUUAGUUUAUCUCCAGUGCUGGAGCAAAAUUGAAUCAUAUAGACUCAAAUUGUCUUCGUUUCAGGGCUGCCUUCUAAAAACUGUUGCUUUAGAGCUUUAUAUUCAGGUCCCCGAAGUCCAAAAUGGGGGCCUGGGUGACUUUGAAACCAUCUUUAUCUGUUUUAGCAUUUGCACAGUGAAGGAGAAAUAAUACCAUUCUAUCUCUUUUCAUAAAAUAACAUAAACAGACCUUUUUGUUGACCACAUGAAAAUGCAGUAGGCUCCAUUACUAGGCCUAACACCUUUAGGCUUGCCUAAAUGAUGUAUUUAGAUGAUCUUUAUUGAAUCCUCACACGCCCUGGUUCUAUGCCUCUUCUGGGGCGAGUAAACAGGGAAGAGUAAACAGGGAAGCAAGUGAGCCUUGAGGGGAACUGAAUUGAUUUGAUAGUUUAUUUGUUUGAUUGAUUGAUGUUAUUGUUUAUCUCUGCCGACACCAUUUUGAGUUGUGACAGGCAAUUUUUUAUAUUUGACACAUUAAAUGUUCUAGUUCUAUUUUACUGUCAUGGCUUUAAGCUGAUGAUGUACAGAUUUUCAUAAUGUGUAAUAUUUAGUUUAAACAACUGUCACAGUCAAAGAAUAACAUCACAUUUUACAUGACAGUAUGUUAAAUAAUGUAUUCUCCAUUAUUAAAUUGCAUUUGCUACAUGAAGGAUGAUGGAUAUGGUUUGUGUGAAUCUUAUAUCAGCGGUGUAUUCAAUCUGCUGCUUUGUCAUGUUUCAAGUGUACAUUUAAACUCAGGAGAAAAAAAAAACUGUUGCCAAAAACACUCACUCAUUUUUUUAUUUGAAUGAAAAUAAUGAUAUGUAUGCCUGUUGCACAUUUGUUCACUGUUCAUUUGUUUAAUGUGUUUGUAAAUUUGAUUUGGUGGUUUAUUGGCCUUUUUUAUUGUUUCAUGAUUACUGAAGUAAUUGUUCAUACCUCUCUACAAUACUGUUAAUGUACUGAAAAUGUAGCAAACAAUUUAUCACACUAUUAAACUUUAUUCAAAAUA